GUCUAGUGAGAGAGGGAAGAGGGAGUCAGAGAGACAGAGGGAGAGAGGGGGGAGCGGAAACUGGAGAAAAGAAGGAGCCCAGCUGGAAACGGCGGGCCAAGGGAAAAGAGGCAAGGCAAGACACUGAGGAACGAGCAACCCUGACCAGGGAAGCGUUCCUGAAUAUGGUUUCGAGUUUUCGUGUCUCAGAGCUUCAAGUGUUGUUAGGUUUUGCUGGUCGUAACAAAAGUGGUCGCAAGCAUGAACUCCUUGUGAGAGCACUACACCUUUUAAAGAGUGGUUGUAGUCCAGCUGUUCAGAUCAAAAUUAAGGAACUGUACAGACGACGUUUUCCUAGAACUAUUGAAAGCCUUGCUGACUUGUCAGCUAUAAAAUCUUCGGUUUUCUCUUUGGACAAUAACCUGUCUAGUGACUCUGAGUUGACCUCUGGGAUUGCGCAUUCUUCGGCAUCCACAUCAGCCACACCUCAGACUUCAUCUCCAUUGGUUAGCUCUGUGCUGCUACAUGAGACUAAGCCAAAUAUAGAAAUGCAAGAGGCUUCUCCCUCCAUCCAUCCUGUCCAUCCAGAUGUCCAACUGAAAAGCAUACCCUUUUAUGAUGUGCUGGACGUGCUUAUUAAACCGACAAGUCUAGUGCCAUCAAACAUUCAACGAUUCCAGGAAAAGUACUUCAUCUUCGCAUUGACUCCUCAACAAGUAAAAGAAAUAUGCAUUUCUAGGGACUUUUUGCCAGGUGGAAGAAGAGACUAUAUUGUGCAGGUUCAGUUGAGGUUUUGUCUCGCAGAGACGAGCUGUCCGCAGGAAGACAAUUAUCCUAAUAAUUUAUGUAUAAAAGUAAAUGGAAAACUUUAUCCACUACCGGGGUUUACACCGCCACCUAAAAACGGUGUUGAGCAGAAGCGACCUGGUCGGCCUUUAAACAUCACAUCACAAGUUAGACUCUCAUCGGCUGUACCCAAUCAAAUUUCAGUUUCUUGGGCACCAGAAAUGGGAAGAAAUUAUUCCGUGUCUGUGUUCUUGGUGAAGCAACUGACAUCUGCUGUAUUACUGCAGAGACUGCGGAACAAAGGCAUUAGGAAUUCUGACCAUUCCAGAGCACUUAUUAAAGAAAAGUUGACUGCAGAUCCUGAUAGCGAGAUUGCAACUACAAGCCUAAGAGUUUCGUUGAUGUGUCCCUUGGGGAAGAUGCGGCUGAUAGUCCCUUGCCGUGCAGUCACCUGUACACAUCUACAAUGCUUCGAUGCUGCCCUCUAUCUUCAGAUGAAUGAAAAGAAGCCCACGUGGAUUUGUCCAGUGUGUGAUAAAAAGGCAUCCUAUGAUAGUUUAAUAAUAGAUGGUCUGUUUAUGGAAAUCCUGAAUUCUUGCACAGAUGUAGAUGAGAUUAAAUUCCAAGAAGAUGGCUCCUGGUGUCCGAUGAGGCCCAAAAAGGAAUCUUUAAAACUACCCAACUCUCAAUGUACAAAAGUUGAACUUUCAUCAACUCCAAACGUAACUAACAAGACUGCUUCUGCAGUGCCAUCCAGUGAAGCAAAUAUCAACAAGAAGGUUGAGGUUAUAGAUCUCACCAUUGAAAGUUCGUCUUCUGAUGAGGAGACAGAACCUCCACUAAAGAAGAGGUGCUUAUAUCCAGCAGAUACAGAGGACACUGCCAGCAAAGGGGUCCUUGCCUAUCAGCCACCUGCAGUUCGAUUGCCAAAUGUCACGACUGUUGAUACAAGUUUUCUGCCUCAGUUGGCAGACUAUCCAGCCACAUUCCAUCACUCAACAAUGGCCCUUCCACCUGAGAUUCAAAAUUUGGACUUUUUCUCAUUAUUUCAGAGUGAUCCUCAGUACUGUCAAUCUAUAUUUCUGGACAAUCUCUCCACUGCUGUUGGAUCACCGACUAUAACACCCACCACUGUGGGUGGAAGCAUCAUCUCAUCAACCCAGCAUCAUGAGGGCAGCGGCAGCAGCAACAGUCGAGCAGAAACUGGGGUGAUAGCAGGAGCCGGAGGGGGCAGCAGCAUACCAGACAUCAUCUCUUUAGAUUGAUAAAUUUUGCAUAGACUUGAUUUUGUAUUCAGGAGCUGGAUGGGGUGGUUGAAGGGAAGAAGAAUGAAACAGUAGUCGCAUUGCAGCCAAGAACUCGAUUUCAACACUGCAUUCUCCACAAUGCUGCCACUUUUUUGUUUUCAAAGUAUCAAAAACUUUGUUGACUGGCAGCAUUCAGAGUGCUGGUGCAGUACUUCCUUGGAAUGAGAACAAAAAUGGAUGACAGAAAUGGAAUCUGAAAUCCUUGGCUUGAAGUCUGAUGGAAGCAGAAGACAAAAUUGUAAUAUUUUGUUGCGAUUAAUGUAGUGUAGUUCCAUUUACAGCCACUGUUGAAGUUCACAGCAAUUUUCUAUUCCUCUAUUGACUCUGAAUUUUCAAGGUGCCCUUCCCAACCCAAAAUACAUGCAUCGUCUCUGUAACAGUUCAAAGAAUUGGUGCUUUAUUGCGAAGUAUACUAUACCCUUGGUUACUGUGAAGAAUUCCUUUGUUUCACAGUUGCUGAGGUGUUAAGUACUGUAAUUCUGACUCAAAUGCAAUAACUGAGCCAGAUGUUGAGAUCUUUAGUAUAAGAUAUUGUAGUAGUCAGUUCUGAGAUGUAAUUCUUUAUCAAUGAUUGAAUUACCUAUAAGCAUGUACAGUGUUUCUAGGAUGGAGAAAAUACACUUUUUUAAAUGGUUUGCAUUCCUUUUGUAAUUUUAAUGCAAUUUUCUUGGGAAAAGCAGGGAAUAAGCAAACAAUCUGUACUUCUGGCAAACACUGCAUGGUCUUGAUUAAAAUUAGGAAGAAUCUGAUUUCAGUACCUGUUGAUCUAGCCGAUUUUGAGACAGUAUCAGUAUGAUGUAAUGUCUCAGUGAUUCAGAAAAGAAAAUCCAGAUACUACUGUUUAGAAGUGGGGAGAAAAGAAACUGUAGGCAAGAUUUAUUUAGACAUGCACUGUCCAAUUUAAUAUCUUGCUGGCAGUCACUGUCUGGUCUCCUACACACACAAUGGAAAUGCAGAUGAGGUAAAUGGACCACCAAUUGUGGACAACAUCCCAUUCCUCUACUCUUAUGGUUUAAGAUUGGAGAAAAUUAGAAGUAGUAAAAUUUAAUCAUUAAAUCGUAUACACUUGGAUUACUUCCUCUUGCUGUAUGCCACAGCCCUUCAUUUGAGCCUGAAACGUUGAUGAAUCUGAUCUGAAAGGGAUGUAUUUCGUGUUAUGGGGGCCAGAUUGGAGCAGAACCUAAAGUUACACAAUAUUUGUACAAAUCCUAAUAGAGUUGUUUAGUUAGAGCCAAGCCCUGGAGUUUCUGAUUUGGAUUCCAAUUCCGCAUUUCAGAAAAGUAACAAUUCUGACCUGGAAGUGCUUAGUACUUGAAAGCCAGGACAUGCUGAAAAUAGUUGGUUAUCUUUAGUUUCUAGGUCACUUAAUAAUCUAGUGUGGAUAAAUGCACCAUGUGCUGUAGUAAGCAAUGUAGUCCAGAAGGUUCAAGGUACAAUUUCUAGUCAAUCCUGAGCUUGUUGAUCACAGCCAGACUAUUUAUUGUGAUAUUUUGAUUGGUCUCAUCUCUAAGCUAAAUGGGAGUACUCAUUUAAUGUCCAUUAAAUGAAUCCUCCAAAAUCUGCCCUGGUGAAUGAGCCUUGGAUAACAUCAGAGCAGCAGUUUGCUCUGCACUUUUCUGUGAUAGAAGAUGGUGCCUUUUGAAAUUGCACCCCAGUAAUAGUGCCUUCAGGAGAGAAUGAUGGAGGAGUUAGCAAAAAAGGCUUUCAUUAAUUUGGUUGAACGUUUUAAAUUUUAUUUUUGAAAUUAUGCAAUUCUUAAAAAAAAAUCAUCUUGGCUGCAUUGACUGGGUCAAAAUAGGUCAAACCUAUUUUUCAUCUACUUAAAGUAGGGCAUUUAUCUAAAGAUGUUUUCUGAAUUUUUUUAGAGAAAGCUCUGAUUCCUUUUAAAAGAAAGUUAAUAUUUUGAAGCAAUUGAUAUUGUCUCUUUUGUUCUGUCAUGGGAUUUGAAAUAAAGUUCUUGUUCCACUAUUUUCUUCUAUGCUAAAGACGCUUGUAGUGUUAUAUAAAUUUGGGACCUAAAAACUAAAACAUGUUCUCUGAAGCCGAA